AUCGAUUUAGAAAGCAUACAUAAAAUUCACAUGUAUUAUAAAUAAAUAACUCAUCAUCUUCCUCUUGCUCUUCCUUCUUCUAUUCUCCCAAAAAGCCCUCCCGAAGUCUAUUCAGCCGCUACUUCAGGUGGCAAAAGAUAGAAAAAUUGCUGGGUGCUGCCUCUCCAGGACCUACCGACGGCCAAUCUCAUGAAUGAACCCCGGUAGGCUCAUGAAUGAGCGAGCGAAAAGAUGAAUGGAGGGAAAGCCUGGGUAAAAAAAUGAAUGGGACCUUUCGCGCUCGCGCCCGCACAGAUCCUCCCCGCUUACAAUUUCGCCGUGAAUGGAGUUCCCUUAUUUCCCGUGCAGACCGCAGGAGGGCACUGUGCCCGCGCUGCCCACUCGGGCGGCAGCUGGAAUCCCCUCGCGCCGCACGUGUCUCGGGAAGGGGGGGGCAGACGCCAACGCGGAAUGUCACCUGGAGGCAACGGUGGCGGCUGUAGGGGCGUUUGUAUGUGCGUGUUUGGGCAGAGGCGCUGAGGUGUGGAUGCCGAACGCAAGUGCAGCAGCCGAAGCGUCGGGGCGAUGAAGGCGGAACGAGGGGGGGGGGGGGAGAUGCUAUAAAAAUAACUCAAGGAGUCACAUGCACAGUACGGCGAAACGUUCCAGUCUGGGUAAAGGGGGCGAGAUGGGGCGCACGCCGAUGGGAGGAGUCCGGCGAUAGGGGCAGCGACGGGCCGGCUCUUUUGCAAAGGGACGGGGAGACGGAGUGAUGCCGUUCUCCUCACACCCCGCUCCGCCUCGUGCGCAUAUAGCGUCCCGCAUAAGGAAAGGCAGAGGACCGGGACGAAGUUCUGCUGCCCAACUUCGCACCGCUGGCAUGGGUGUCUGGCGGGCGUGACUCCCAGCAUGUCAGUCAAUGGGAGCGGGCUGAAUGGCUCAGGGCUGAAUGGCUCAGGGCUGCAGGACCAGCUCACCUUGGACAAGCCCCCUUGGGUGGCUUCCACUUUGGCCGUCAUCCUUAUCUUCACCAUCGUGGUGGACCUGCUGGGCAACUUGCUGGUGAUCCUGUCCGUCUAUAGGAACAAGAAGCUGAGGAACGCUGGAAAUGUUUUUGUGGUCAACUUAGCUAUCGCUGAUCUGAUUGUAGCUAUCUACCCAUAUCCUAUGAUCUUGACAUCUGUCUUUCAUAAUGGCUGGAACCUUGGAUAUAUACACUGCCAACUCAGUGGAUUUCUUAUGGGCCUGAGUGUGAUUGGAUCUAUUUUCAACAUUACUGGCAUUGCUAUUAAUCGAUAUUGCUACAUCUGCCACAGCCUCAAGUACAACAAGUUGUACAGUGAAAAGAAUUCUGUUUGCUGUGUCAUUCUAAUCUGGACUUUGACUUUUGUUGCCAUUGUGCCAAACUUUUUUGUUGGAUCCCUUCAGUAUGAUGCUAGGAUUUAUUCAUGUACUUUCUCUCAGUCAGUGAGUUCCACAUACACCAUAGCAGUGGUCUUUUUUCAUUUCUUGCUUCCAAUAACCAUAGUAACAUUUUGUUACCUGAGAAUAUGGAUCCUCGUUAUCCAGGUACGGAGAAGAGUUAAACCUGGCUACAAACCUAAACUAAAGCCAUAUGAUUUCAGAAACUUUAUCACCAUGUUUGUAGUCUUUGUACUGUUUGCAGUCUGCUGGGCUCCAUUGAAUCUCAUCGGCCUUGCAGUGGCUGUCAGUCCAGAAAUGAUAAUUUCCAAGAUUCCAGAAUGGUUGUUUGUUUCCAGCUACUACAUGGCGUACUUCAAUAGUUGCCUUAAUGCCAUCAUUUAUGGACUUCUAAAUCAGAACUUCCGUCGAGAAUAUAAACGAAUACUUAGGACAAUUUGUACAAGAAAAGUUUUCUUCCAGGACAGUUCUAAUGAUGCUCCAGAAAGGAUAAAAAGCAAGCCCUCACCCUUGCUCACACAAAACAAUUUAGUGAGAGUUGGCUCAGUAUGAAGGGAGAGCUCUAGUUACUAACAAUUACUAAAUAUUAUGUUACAUGACACCCAAGUAUUAAAUCCACGUACUAGCCCCGUUCUUCAACUUCUGUUACAAUACAUGGAAACUUACAUGUAUAUAUUGUAUGGAUUUAGAUAAGAUUAUACUGUAUGUAUAACAUUUUGGAACCAAGCUAAUAAUUACAUGUUCUAUUACAACAUUAUGUAUGAUGUUACACACAGCAGGCAUGAUUUCAACAAAGAUACUUGAAAACCAUUGACAAUAGUUAAGAAAAUAUGCCAGUUAUACUUGACAUUGAUUAGAUAAUUUCCAGUAAUUCAAUGACACCACAAAUGUACCUUGCACUCCUACACAAGUCUUCUCUAAUGUAAGAUCACUGAAUUCAUAAAGGCUUAUAGUUGGGUACAUGAAGGUAUAGAAUUGUAGUUUGGGUUAUUAACAGAAUUAUAAAAUAAGUCCCUGUAAAUUACUUGUGUAGUUUAGAUUAGCCCCCCAAAAUGGAUUAAUACUAAUCAGCUCAUUACUUUGAUUUCCUAUGCUUAUCACAGCCUCUUCCAAUAUUCAGCAGCCUUUUUCAUUGCUUGCUAUCCCUAGAAGAGAUUCUGUCAGUACACACAGUUUCUCCAUGGAUAUCUCUGUAUGGAGAAUUAGAAUGAACAUGUAGAGGAAGUUUACAAAAUUGAGAUUGUGAGAUUUAGUUGCUUCUUUGCCUCAGCCAAAAGAACAUUAUAAUUAUAUUGCUCCAAAUCUAUUUCUGUCGCCAAUAAUCUUAGGAUCAGAAAAGCUUUUGAUAGGAAGCCUCCUUUGAUCUGCCUAAAACAAACUACAAGAUUGUUUCCCUUUUUGCUUUUUUGGACAUCAGACCUGGAUGAGGUCUUGAAAGUGCAAGGAAGAUUUCCCCCCUCCCCUUUAUGUUCUGAAAGGGAAGGGUAUCCUCAAGCAGGGUAUCCUUAAUUUAAUGUUGCAAUAAUAUGUCCCUUUUAUUCUGGAUAAUAAAAUAUUUUAUUAAAAUUGUGGAAAUAAAAUAAAAUAUUGGCACAUUAAAAAUGAAACAUUAUUCCUUAAUUUAUAUUUUGAUAGAAUUUUGUUAAAAUUAACAGCACAUAAUGAUUUGGUGCUUUAAGAUUAAUUCACUUGCAUUAAUUAUAAAGUUACCUGAGGCAUUUUAAGUUUAUUAGUGGUUAACAAACUUUAACUAUGGCAGUAAUUUUAGUGACUUUUAUAUACUGAUUUAUAUAAUACGAUUUUUAGUUAUCUGGCUUUUUUUAGAAAAAAAAACCUUUAAAUGUAUGGAUGUAAUUAAUCAAAUAGGAUCUUCUAAAAUGAGUUUAUGAUUAAUUAUAGCUCUUAGCACUUUAAAAAUAGAAGAUAAUCAUUUUUCAAGAAGAAAUUCUGUUUUAAUAAAAUCAAUUUUAGUAAAAUUAUAAUUCCCAUUACAUUGUAAAUUUAUUAAUUGUUCCCUUUAAAGUAUAAAAAAUAUAAAAUAUAAUAAUCCAAUAAUUCAUUAUAAAUGUCUAUAUUAAUAAGAAAUAAUCUUU